CAAAAUUUGUAAUCAUGAAUGUACAUUACAUUUAUAUUCAGGGAUUUAUUAGAUGCUUUAUUCAAAACUCUUUGGGAGACAAUAUUAUGAGACAUGCAAUACAAAGUUUGAACAAAUGUUCAAUACUUAAUGAAAUGAGAGAGAAGGGUUUUUUGGACAGUAAGCUUUUAACACGUAAAGUAUUCCUGUAAAAGAUUUUCUUUUUUGAUCCGUAGUUGGAUUGGUCUUGUGAGCAUGCCCGGAUUGGCCAUAGAGAGGACCGGGAGAAUUCCCGGUGGGCCGGUCUGUUUUUUUUGGCCACGAGGGCCGGUGUUGUCAUGCCACUGGGUUGAAGGUUGUUGUCCCUAUAGGCUGCCAGCACUCACAGCUGCCCCAUUUGCGGAAUUUGGGGGUGGGAGAAGUUGAUUGUGUCCUGAGUCCCGACCACUUAUUGGAAGAAUUCUUGCAUUAGGGUCCAUAAAUCUAAAACGCAGGACACGCUGCUUUCUUUUGCUUUUUAAAGCUUGUGAACACGAGUUUUGUUUCAGACGCACUAUAUCAGGGGUUUCCAAAGUUUUUCAACCCAACAGGUAAGACCCAACAUUUUUAAAAAUAGAAAUAUAAGGGAAAACACAAACACAUUUGUUCCCUUUAAAGAGUAACUAAACCCUAAACCAACAAUGAUGCUUUAUUAGUGCUGUUCAUUGAUUUUAGUAAGUUUUUUGACAUUUGGAUAUAAAGUGUUUCAAUACUACAAUAUAUGGUGUAAAAACGUGUGGGUGCUGCCCUCUUCAGGUUGAACGGUGGCUACUGCAGUUUAAUUUUCCUAUUGGAUGUUGGGUCCAAAAAAUAACUCGUGAUGUAAGCAGGUUCAAGCUCACCACGCCCUUGUUACGAUCUCACCACACACUUGGUACGAGCUUAGUUCAUCCCCUCUAUCUCCGUUGGGAUCUGCCCACUUUUCUUGCAUUUUUCAAAUAUUGCCAGUGGGUGGAGUCAGGCUCUGACCAGGGGUUUAGUUACGCUUUAAGUAGUUUUUGAAUAAAUUUAAUUGAAUAAUAUUAAAAUACCUUAUGGCAGGGCUGCACGAUUAUAGCAAAAAUCAUAAUUGUUUAGGCCAGUGGUUCUCAAACUGGGGGCUGUGGUCCCCUGGGGGGCCCUGAGAUUGUGCCAGGGGGCCCCCAGUGUUAUGACAUUUUAUAAAAUACAUUAAUUUAUCAAUUCUGUGUAAUUAAACCUCAGAAAAAUAAGUCUACUAACCAACAGCACUACAUUAAGUUUUGUUUAAUUCAAAUUUUAUGUUUUGCAAUGUUUUAUGUCAUACAUUUUCUUUGGGGGGGCAUGAAGGGCACAAAUGGGGACCACCGGACCAUACACAAGGGGGGCCGCACACCGAAAAAGUUUGAGAACCACUGGUUUAGGCUACUGAAUUUGCACUAAAUUAAAAAUGAUAUAUUUGAAAAAUUCAAUGAAUUGCAAGGCUGCAAAGAACAGUGCACUAUUGCAGACUACUGAGGAUUUAAUGAUAUUAUUUUAAUAUAGUCAGUUGUGAACUAAAGUGGGCCAGUCUAAGGCAUUAAACUCCAGGGCUGAAAUGAGUCCCACUCCGGCCCUGCUUGUGAGUUAAGUUAUCAGAGUACUAUGAUAUAGGAGACUUUAGUCUUUAUUGCUUACUGUGACUUGAUAACAAUUUACAUAAAUAAGUAAUAGUAUUUCAGUAAGUGUUUAGUAAUAGCAUGAGACGAUCUUAUGUUGUCCACCCAAAUGAUUCUGCAGUCACCUGAAUCUGAAUCACUUGAAGCAGUCACCUCUUGAAACUUAGUUUCUAAGUUCAUUUAUCCAUUUCCAUCCAAUUGAAUUAAUGUGAUUUAAUGUAAUCCUGAAAAAAAACUGAUCUCUCAGUGGAAGGUUAUCUCUGACACAAGGAGAUGAAACGAGAACGUUUUAAGCCCCCAGAACCAGAUGACCCUCUGUGCUGCUGUGGAGACAUCGACCAGCAAAGAGAAUACUGUUGCUGUGACUGUGAAGAACUUGAUGAUGCCUGUGAAAGAUUACUCAGAGGAGAGCCAGACAAACCAGACGUCAUCUCUCGUUUCGUCUCUCGUAUUGCUGAUCGCUUGGGAUUGCCUUGUUGUGCCAUAGGUCCCAUUCGACUGGAGCUCUCAGCUUUACCUCCCAUGGUAUUUCUUCCUGGACUGUUGCGGGUAGCGGCAAUAAAUUGUUUGUUGGGAGUCAUAAUCUUGACCGCCAUACCAGUACUGGUGCUUUGGUAUUACUACGUAACUCACAGAAGGAAAAGACGCACGCAAUUUUUUCUUAGUUUGGCACUUUUCUCCCUUGCCUAUAUGUAUUACCUUUUCCUCACUGAGAUUCUUCCCAGAGGAGAUGUAAGUAAUCUGCAGCUGGUUACCGCGACGACGGGCAUGGUGUUAACGCUCAUCUCACUUGUGCGCACCAAACGGGGGCCAGGCUUUGUCACGUCCCAAACAUUAGCUCUGGGACUCAACGGUACCUCAACAGUAGCCAAUCUGAGCAAAUACUCUCACCAGGACUCUGCCCCUUGCAAUAACCUCAGCCAGUCAAAUGGACAGAUUGAAGGGAAGAAAAAGUGGUGUCCUGUGUGCCGACUGCUGCGUCCACCAAGGGCAGGACACUGCAGGAUCUGUGGAGCAUGUGUCCUUCGGAUGGACCAUCACUGUGUUUGGAUAAACAGCUGUGUAGGGCAAGCAAAUCACAGGCAGUUCCUAUUGACGCUCCUUCUCUUCUUGGUGACAUCGUUUUAUGGGAUCAGUUUGGUGUUGCGGAGUAUAUGUCCACGACAGAGUCUAUUUACAGCUAUGUUAUAUUGUCCUGGAGUUUACAACCAAUACAGCACUGUGCUUUACAUGUGUGUGGUACAGUGUUGUCAUAACAGGUGGUCUGCUCCACCUGUUCAUCCUUCAGGUCAUCAAUGUUAGUUAUAACAUAACGGAACGGGAAGCUCAGAUCGCCUUGCACAACAAAACCGGCCGACGGCGUUACUGUGGACUGGUGGUGGAGACUGGGAUCUACACACGAGGUUUCCGCCAGAAUUGGAUUCAGUUCCUCACCAUGAACACCGAUGAGAAUG